AGCAGUGCAUUGAGCAUGCUAAGAGCAAGAAGAUUAUGAUCACUAACAUCGACUGCUUGUAUAUAUGCUCUAUGCAGCAAAGGCUAGAGUACUUAACAGAUGAGUAAAAUAAUGUUUUGAUUUGAAAAAAACUGAGGCAACUGUGGAUCAAGAUCAUAUGGCAUUCAGAGGUCUCCUCCCUCUUUUUAAGCAGCCAACAGCCCAGCCUCCCCAAUAGCAGAGAGAGAGAGAGAGAGAGUCAUGGUCUCUCGGGAGCACAAGAGAGUCGCCUUGCAUGAGAAGCUGCAGCUCCUCCGAGCGGUCACACGCUCUCAUGCACUGAACAAGACCUCUAUACUGCAGGACGCAUCAAAAUACAUUGAAGAGCUAAAGAAGAAAGUAGAUAUGCUGAAUCAAGAAAUUGAAUGCACGCAAAGCAGUAUCAGAGACAAAGCAUUACCUGAUGUGACUGUUGAAACCCUGCAAAGAGGAUUCUUGAUAAAUGUCUCUUCAAUGAUGAGUUAUCCAGGAUUGCUUGUCUCCAUUUUGGAAGCCUUUGAUCAGCUGGGACUCAGCGUGGUGCAAGCUAGGGCGGCCUGUACUGACAGUUUUCAUCUAGAAGUGGUGGGAGGAGAUAUAGUAGAGACUAUGGAUGCUCACGUGGUCAAACAAGCAGUUCUGAAUGCCAUCAAGGUUUGCUCUGGAACCAUUGAAGAUUGAUUUAUAUAGCAGGUGCCUUUAGUACUAGCCCCGAGUUUUUUUAUUUACUACAUCAGUAUUUGGCUUGCUGAACAGCCAGCUCCAAGGUAGCAUGUCCUUUGUAAUAUCAUAUAUGAUCUUACAAGUAUUAUUAUAUUGAAGAUUGCAAAACAUACAUGCUAGAGAGUAUUGUGGAUUGUGAUAGUUCGAAGAGUAAGACGAGACACGGUAAAUAUAAACUUUGUAACAGUAUGACAGACACUGCAAAACUGGCCAAUUUACAUGUUGCUUCCAUGUUCAA